AUGUAAAUUUCUAUUAAGACUCUUGCUGGUAAGAAGUAAAACUUAACCUUCGAACCUACCAACACUAUUCACUAAAUAAAGCUUACCCUUUAAGAAAAGGAAGGUAUUGGUGUAGAUCAAAUUAAAUUGAUUUUUGGUGGUAAGCAAUUAAAUGACGAAAUGACCAUUUAAGAUGCCAAGAUCAAUGCUGGUGAUACUCUCCACAUGGUCUUACAACUUAAGGGUGGUUUCUGA